AUGACACGACGGAUUUCAUGUAUGGUAGUGUCUUUGAAAAGGUCGUUUCAAGAUCCAAGGACGAAAAGAAGCAACAUCUUCUUUGACGACCUCUCGAUCAUUCAAGAAGCUGCGCUUUUAAUAGUCACGUCAGGUGUUAUUUCACUUGCUGACUUGGAGACAGUCAUAGGUUAUCGUUUGUCUGAGGAUCUAAACAAUGAUGAAGAAGCGCUGACCAUGGACAGCGAUGUGACCUGGGAAACACCCACGUGCAUGUCUGACUGCAAUCGCAUCAUGGACAAUAGUAGUUCUGAAAGCACACAAGAGGCGAGUCAACAAGUUACGAACCUCACAACGACUGACGAUACGGUCGUCUUACAGCAACAAUCGACUCCACGACAAACAUUGCACAAGCCAUCAAAAUGGAUCUGUGUUGGCUACGGUCGCUAUGUAAAAGAGAGGGAUAUAGUAGUAAGAGACUAA